CGGAGCCUCUUUGGGCGGGAAUUUCUGUCCACCUGCCCUGCAGACAGCCAUCCCCACCAGCCAGUAAGGAGCGCCAGCACAGGAAGAACGCCCCAGGUCUGGGGUGUGUGUGUCUGCCAGCUCUGCCUGCCCUGGCUGGGAGGAAGGAAGGCCUGCCCUUUCACAGAGGCCUGAGGGGCUUCCCUAAGGCCACAGGACUAGGCUAGAAAGGGGCAGGUCAGUCUGUCUUUGAGCAGCCUCCUCCCUGCCCCCAGCAGCCGGUAGGCCCUCCCCCGCCUCCCUGCCCCAGCAUGGGUGAGUUCGGCGAGAAGACCACAACAUGUGGCACCGUCUGCCUCAAGUACCUGCUCUUCACCUUCAACUGCUGCUUCUGGCUGGCUGGUCUGGCCGUCAUGGCCGUGGGCAUCUGGACACUGGCCCUCAAGAGCGACUACAUCAGCCUGCUGGCCUCGGGCACCUACCUGGCCACAGCCUACAUCCUGGUGGUGGCGGGUGUUGUCGUCAUGGUGACCGGGGUUCUGGGCUGCUGCGCCACCUUCAAGGAGCGGAGGAACCUGCUGCGUCUGUACUUCAUCCUGCUGCUCGUCAUCUUUCUGCUGGAGAUCAUCGCGGGAGUCCUGGCUUACGUUUACUAUCAGCAGCUGAACGCAGAGCUCAAGGAGAACCUGAAGGACACCAUGACCAAGCGGUACCACCAGCCGGGCCACGAGGGAGUGACCAGCGCUGUGGACAAGCUGCAGCAGGAGUUCCACUGCUGUGGCAGCAACAACUCGCAGGACUGGAGGGACAGCGAGUGGAUCCGCUCGGGUGAGGCAGGCGGCCGAGUGGUCCCUGACAGCUGCUGUAAGACUGUGGUGCCUGGCUGCGGGCAGCGGGACCACGCUUCCAACAUCUACAAGGUGGAGGGCGGCUGCAUCACCAAGCUGGAGACCUUCAUCCAGGAGCACCUGCGGAUCAUCGGGGCUGUGGGCCUCGGCAUCGCCUGCGUGCAGGUGUUCGGUAUGAUCUUCACGUGCUGCCUGUACAAGAGCCUGAAGCUGGAGCACUACUGACCCUGCCAGCUGCCGGCCCUCCGUGCGCGCUGCAGCUUCUCGCCAUGUGUUGACUACUGACCACCAGCGAGCUGUGGUCCAGGACACAGCUCCGCCCCCUCCCCCGCCAGGGAGACUGUGUUCUUGCACCUGGACCCCCGCACUGUGCCAUCACUGUGACCUCUGGGGACCCCCAAACCCCAGAGGCAGCUUCAAGUGCCUUUAGCUGCACACCAAAGUCCCAAGGCUUGAGGUCAGCCCGGCCUGUCUGCCUUUCUGCCAGGGGUGGGGUCGUGGCCUUGGGUUGCUCCCUGAGGCCUGGGCUCAGUCAGAGGGGCCAAGGUGGGCAGAAACAGGCUGGCCCCAGGGGGGCCGGGGGGCAGCAGGUGAGGAGCCUCAUGUGCCCGUUUCCCUGGCCCCUCCGGUAUUGGGGGCCUCUCUUUAAGCCACCUCCACCCCUGGGGAACACCAAGCAAGGGCUCCCCCUUCUCUCUCCACCACCUACAGGCCUUGUGUCACUAGCUCACUGCUGCCGCCCCUUGCGUCCUGUGGGGUUUACUCACUGCUGUCUUUUAGGAUGCCUAGGACCGCUCCUGCUGUGACAGGUGCUCAAUAAAUGUCUGUGGAAUGGA